AUGGAUUUCUCUGAUUUCAAAAUGUAUAGAUUAUAUGAAAUUAUAAUUAAUAAAGUUCAAACGACUCUUAAAAUAUCAGUAAUUUAAAUCAAAUAUAUUUAAGAAUAUUCUUUAAUUUUAUUGGAUUUCAGCAAGAUGCUUUAAAAUGGUCAUCAUUUUGAACAACCCUGCCGUGUAAUUGAAUACAAAGCAGCCCAUUAAACUUGGAUAAAUUUAAUUAUCCGUAUUAAUACAUAAUAAUGACUUUAAAAUUGCAAAUCUUUUUUCAUCUCUAAUUAUAAAAUUUGUAAUUAUUUGCAAACCAUGCACUAAUUUUUACCCAACUAACUCAUCUUUGAUUCCUAUUCGCCAAUCAGUUACUGGAAUGCAUACUAAAAUCUACAAAACUCCUAUUACAACAAUUAUUAUGCUUAUCAAUAAAUGGCUUACUCACAACCUUUCCCAUGUUAUUAAUAGAAGCUCCAAUAAAAUUUUGAAUAAGGUAACACUUUCCUCCUAAAUAUAUCUAGUACAUUAUCAGGAAGACCCAAUUUCCACUUAAGGCACCAGAAGAUCGAUUGUAGAAUAUUCAGAUGUGACACCCCAAAUC